GGAGGAACGAAUUUUUUUUUAUCCGUCUGGCUUUACUCUGUUGUGGAAGCCAUUUUGGGAUUUUCCUGAUAGUAAUUGUAAGUCAAGCUCGUAACUUGUGUCUAUUCCCACGAAACUCGCGGCUCUCGACACUGGUGUUCGGACAAACACGGUUGUUUCUGUUUUUAUUUGUAUAUGUCCGUCGAGAUGCGGCGCUCAUUCUGCGCCUCCUUGAACUGGAUGGUCAUUUCUGAACUGGACUGCCUACAAAACAACAAGAGACUGUAGAAACUGAUGGUCAAACUGCGUGCUCAGCAAAUGACCAUGGAUUUUUCCCAUCUGCACACGUAUACUCCUCCUCAGUGUACUCCGGAUAACACGGGAUAUACCUAUUCACUCAGCUCAAGUUACUCAACUGCUGCCCUUGAGUUUGAGAAGGAGCAUCAAAUCAAUCCUGUGUUCGACUCGCCCAGAAUGUCUCGCCGUAGUUUGAGACUACAGACCAGCAGUGGUUUUUAUGGGGACAACAGCCUCACCGAGCGCACAGGCGUUUACAGUGUCGGCUCCUACAAGCAGACCAGCACCAGCAGCAGCAGCAGCAGGACUGUUCGGAGCAGGAGGCAGCAGCAGAGCUCAUCCGUGUACGAGUCUGAGAGCGUGACUCAGACUCCUCAGAAAGACCAGACCCUGUCAGACCUGAGUUUCAGCAGUACAACCAGUGAUGCAUCUCUGAUCUCCAGCCUGCUGGAUCAGUCCACACUCAGACAGAGCUCCAGGACACACACGUACUCUGCACAGAGAAGAAGAACUGCUCACAGCUCUCUGUUGGAGAAUGGAGACAUCAGUAAAACAGAGGCGCACACUAAUCUGGCUAACGGCUAUAUUUGUAAGGACUGCUCGUUCCAUGGUGACGGGAAGGAGGACGAAACUUCAUAUUCCUUACCGUACUCGACAUCUGUGUCUUCAGCAUAUCAGACAGCUGGAGACGCCACUAUGACCAGUUCUCUGAACAGUGUUGACAAGACAGCUCAUGACAGCUACUGUGGCAGUGUGAACGUGCGAGAUCUGGUGACCACAGACAGCCAUCUCAAUCUCAACGGCUCACUCUGUGAUGACUGUAAAGGAAAACAGCACAUGGAAAUCCACACGGAGCACAAACGCUAUACCUUUUCCUCCCAGCAUGUAUACGCAGCCUUGUGGGCCCUUGUUUCUUACACAGGUUAUGGGCUUCUGCGGGUUUGCCGAGGUUUGGGCUCGGCCGGUGCGUUUGUGACCCGGAAGCUGAAGUCCGUUCUGUGGCUGGCACUGUGUUCUCCAGGGAAAGCAGCGACUGGCGCCUUCUGGUGGCUGGGAACAGGAUGGUAUCAGCUGGUCGCACUCAUGUCUCUGAUCAACGUCUUUCUUCUCACCAGGUGUCUGCCCAAACUACUGAAGCUUCUUCUGAUUCUGCUCCCCUUGCUGCUGCUGUUCGGUUUAUGGUACCUCGGUCCGCCCCUCGCUCUGUCCUUCCUUCCAGCUGUAAACCUCACCGAGUGGAAAACAGCAGUCACUUCUUUCCCAUCGCUCCCUUCUCUCCCAUCUCUUCCCUCUUUACCUGCAUUACCUUCUUUCACUCAAGAACCACUGGCUGACGAACAGCACAUCUCAGCCCCGGUGAUCUCACAGGCUGCGUCAGAGUCCGUUACCAGCGAGCGUUUGGAUCGGCUGGAGCUGCGUGUGGCGGAGCUGUGGGAAAGCAUCAGACAGGGAGAGCUGAAGGCUAAACAGCAGCGUGAGGAGGCCGUUGGUUUGGUGCAGGCCCUUGAGCAUCAGAUAAACACACAGACAGACAGAGAGAGCCUCAGCCUGUGGGUUUCUCAGCUCCUGGAGCCCAAGUUCACUGUGCUCAAGGGAGAGAUGGAGAGAGUAGCGUUUAACAGGGCAGAGACUGAGGAACAGUAUGUGCAGCAUCAGACGAGUCUUGAAGCUCGACUAGCCGAGCUGGAGCUCCUGCUGAAGAGCCUGAACUCUAGAACUGAGGAGAUCCAUGUAACACAGCAGACUCCGGUGCAGGCUCCUGUCAGUGUUGGAGUCUCUCAGGAGAAGCAUGAUGCUUUGCUCACUGAGGUUCAGAGGCUGGAAGCAGAGCUGGGCUGCAUCAGAGGAGACCUGCAAGGAGUGAUGGGAUGUAAAGGGAAGUGUGACCGACUCGACACCAUACAUGAGACCGUGUCCGCGCAGGUGAAGGAACAGUUGUACGCUCUGUUGUACGGUCGAGACGGAGCUGAAGCAGAGAUCCCCGAGCCCCUGCUGUCCUGGCUGGCUUCUCAGUACACACGCUCCUCUGACCUCACCGCCACCCUCAUGACCCUGGAGCGCAGCAUUCUGGGAAAUCUGUCCCUGCAGCUGCAGGAGAGCAAACAGCAGCAGUUCUCGGCUGAAACGGUUACUCAGACGGUCGCCCACACCACCGGGGCUGCUGGGAUGUCAGAGGAGCAAGUCCAGCUGAUCGUCCAGCGUGCGCUGAAGCUGUACUCUGAGGAUCGCACCGGACAGGUGGACUACGCUCUGGAGUCUGGAGGCGGCAGUAUCCUCAGCACACGCUGUUCUGAGACGUACGAGACUAAAACCGCACUGAUGAGCCUGUUUGGAAUCCCGCUCUGGUACUUCUCCCAGUCGCCACGAGUCGUCAUCCAGCCGGACAUGUACCCAGGAAACUGCUGGGCGUUUAAAGGCUCCCAAGGUUAUCUGGUGAUCAGGCUUUCUUUAAGUGUGAUCCCUACCUCCUUCUGUCUGGAGCAUAUUCCCAAAAGCCUCUCUCCUUCUGGAAACAUCAGCAGCGCACCACGCCGAUUCUCUGUCUAUGGAUUGGAUGAUGAAUACCAGGAGGAAGGGAAACUGCUGGGUGACUACACCUAUCAAGAAGAUGGAGAAUCACUCCAGAUCUUUCCAGUUAUGGAGAAGAACGACAAGGCCUUUCAGAUCAUUGAGAUGCGAGUGCUGUCGAACUGGGGUCAUCCCGAAUACACCUGCCUGUAUCGCUUCAGAGUUCACGGCACACCUCACACUCCGUGAUCAGGCCCACUGUACAGUACUAUAUAACCCUUUAUGUACAUACAGGAAACGCUCGGAUGAAACUGGGCUUGCUAGACACAUUUUUAAGACUCUAAUACAAAUGAUGGCUGAAACAAGGAGCACAGUGGAAAAGAGCAGUGCGUUUAAGCUAAGAAUUCCCAAUCAUUCCCUUCCCAAGUCCCUGUUCUUGCACUGAUUCAUGCCCUUGCGGCUGGGCCCUGUGUUACGCUCUCACCCGCAGAAGUAUCUGUGCCUUCAGACAGAACGCGCUUCUCUCAUCCUGUGUACAUUGUUUCUCCUUUGUUUUCUGAGUGUACAGAGAGGAGAGAAGUCACUGCCGCUUUGAGGUGGCCAUCUGCUAAACCAGUUCAUCUCACCAAACCUGAUGAGAAUAUGUCUGGGUCAUGUUUUACCCCAAAUCAUUUACUAAAUUAAUCCUACUUUAGAGCUACUGAGAUUUUUUGCAUUGCUUUUUCCUUAAAAAAAAAAAAAAAAAAAAGAUAAAGGCUCAUUAAGAUGAGCUUUCUCAUUACUGUAAUGCAAAAAAUAUGUAUUAUUUAAACAGUUUAAUUUUUUUAACAUUAUGAUUGCAUUUGUUCUACUUAUUUUUAAAAUUCUAUUCAUUUUAAUGGUUUUUUUAUUAUUAUUUUUUAAAAAUAUUAAAAAAUAUUAAUACAGAAAUUUUGCUAUAUUAUUGAGAGUGGGAAACAUUAAUAAUUGUAAAUAUAUAAUAAUAAUAGUAAUUUUAUUAUUAUUUAGAUUUUUUUUAAUAGGGUGGAAUAUGACCCAGGCAAGUUUUCACCCAACAGGCACU